CAUCAGGCUGACAGGCCGUGUUUAUUACCUGGAGUGAAACAAGCAACAGAGUAAAAAGCGAGCGGCGCGUGUCCCCGGCUGUCUCCACCCUGUCCCCACCGUGUCCCCCGUUUCACAGCCAUGACUCUGUCUCUGGGAUGGCUGUCGGCUCUGCUCGCGGGGGUGUUCUCCGCUCACAUCCUUCAGACACUCUGCUUCCCGUACUUUUGGAGGGACCUGCUCUUCCUGCUGAAGGUGCUCAGGUACGGCGUGAGGCUCGAGCUGUCCAAGCUGACCUCCAGCCCGCGCACGGUGCUGGACCGGUUCGUGCAGCAGGCGCAGCGGAUCCCCGACAAGCCGUUCGUCAUCUACGAAGGACACGUGCACACGUACCGGGACGUGGAGCUGCGCAGCAACAGGCUCGCCAACGUUUUCCAGGAGAGCGUGAAGUUGAGGAAAGGAGACUGCGUCGGCUUGCUCAUGAACAACGAGCCCGACUUCCUGUGCGCGUGGUUCGGGUUGGCGAAGGUCGGCUGCUCGGUGGCGUUCCUCAACACCAACAUCAGGUCCAAGUCUCUGCUGCACUGCUUCAACUGCUGCGGAGCCAAGACUCUGGUCGUGGGUUCAGAUUUAGUGGAAGGUCUGCACGGCAUCCUCGACGUCCUGCUGGAGAGCAACAUUCAGGUGUGGGUCAUGGGGGGUCAGGGCGAGCACCCGCGGGUGCACACUCUGUUGGAUAAGUUGGAUGCUGUCUCCGACCAGCCCGUACCAGCGGCGUUGCGUGCCACCACCUCCCUCAAAGCCCCCACCCUCUACAUCUUCACCUCUGGAACAACUGGGCUCCCUAAGGCUGCAGUGAUCACUCACCUGCAGAGCUUGAAGGCAGCAGCAGGGUUUUGGGCGUUUGGAGCUACUGAAGAUGACGUGAUGUACAUCCCUCUACCGCUCUACCACAGCGCAGCCUCCUUGAUCGGUAUAGGAGGAACAAUAGAGCUGGGUGCGUCCUGUGUCUUGAAGAAGAAGUUCUCAGCCUCCCAGUUCUGGACUGACUGUAGAAAACACAAUGUUACUGUUUUCCAGUACAUUGGGGAACUCUGCAGAUACCUCUGCAACCAACCCAAGACAGCGGGGGAUCAGGUUCACAAGGUGCGGAUGGGGGUCGGGAACGGACUGCGGCAGGACGUGUGGCGAGAGUUCCAGAGUCGCUUUGGAAACAUUAAGAUGUGCGAAGUGUACGGCUCCACGGAGGGAAACCUGUGUUUCAUGAACCACAUCGGCAAGAUUGGAACAGUGGGCCGCUCCAACUUCUUCUACAGGCUCCUGUUCAAGUAUGAUCUGGUGAAGUACGACAUGGUGAAAGAUGAAGCAGUGAAAAAUUCCAAUGGCUUCUGUCAGCGAGUGGAAAAGGGUGAGACGGGGCUUUUACUGUCCAAGGUGAGCGCCUUGAGUCCAUUCUUUGGCUACGCUGGAAGCAAGCAGCUGACUGAAAAGAAGCUGAUGAGAAACGUCUUCAGCAAGGGCGACGCCUACUUCAACACGGGCGACCUCAUGGCUGAGGACCAGGACGGCUUCAUCUGCUUCAGAGACAGAGUGGGGGACACCUUCAGGUGGAAGGGUGAAAAUGUAGCAACGACGGAGAUAACGGAGACUCUCGGGCUGGUGGACUUCAUCCAGGAAGUCAACGUGUAUGGAGUGGAAGUGCAAGGGCACGAGGGGAGGGUGGGGAUGGCCGCCGUGAUCGUUCGAGCAGGCAUGGCGUUCGAUGGGGAGAAGCUGUUUGAGCAUGUGACCAGGGACAUACCGCCGUACGCCCGGCCGCUCUUCAUAAGGCUCCAGGAGGUCAUGGAGAUGACCAGCACCUUCAAGCAGCAGAAGUUCCAGCUGGUGCAGAGCGGCUUCAACCCCUCUACGACCUCCGACCCCCUCUAUGUGUUGGAGUACCAGCAGAAGAGCUACAUUCCUCUCACAGACAGAAUCUACCAGAGCAUCCAGGCCGGAGAGCGCAAGCUGUAGGAGCCUCAGCGCGGCCAGGGAGGAAGUCGGCACAGAAGCCCCGGG